GGCGGGCCCCGGGGUGGGCUGCGGGAUCCCAGGGCGCCGGCGGGGUGACGAGCGGCGGGACCCGGGGGAGCCCGAGCCGGCGGCAGGGGGCGGGGCUCCUCGUGGACCGCCCAAAGGGGCGUGUCCACAUAACGCUCCUCCCCCGCUCCGUUGCCGCGGCAACCGCGCAAGCCACUGCACCCCCUUCCGCGUGUUGGUCCCGCCCCUGCUAUUACGUCACGGCCGGAGCGCGCUUCGAUUGGGAGCGGCGCGCGAGCCGGAAGGGGCGCGGCGGCGGGGGCGUCAUGGCGGCGGCGGCGGCGGCCGGGCGGUGCGGGCGGGACCCGUGCGGCGCCCUCUGCCCGCUGCUCACCUACCUCGGCGUGGGCUACGCCGUGCUGGCCCACGUCCUGCCGCAGCCCGCCCUGCGCGGCAGCCCCUGGUGCCCUUUCCACGCUGCCGCCUUCAACCUCAUCGUCCUGCUGCUGCUGGCCUGCCACGCCCGCGCCGUCCUCGCCGACCCCGGCGUGGUUCCCCUCCCCGACACCGCCAUCGACUUCUCUGACCUGCGCAGCGGGGCCCCGCGGAAGCCCGAGCGGAGCCAGGAGGACUGGACGGUGUGCGACCGCUGCGAGGCAUACCGACCCCCUCGUGCCCACCACUGCCGCAUCUGCCACCGCUGCGUGCGCCGCAUGGACCACCACUGCCCCUGGAUCAACAACUGCGUCGGGGAGUUAAACCAGAAAUACUUCAUACAGUUCCUCUUCUACGCCGGGCUGGCUAGUCUCUACGCUGCAGGGCUGGUGCUGGCCGCCUGGCUGGGACCAGCGGGCAGGAGCCCAGCAGGGAUGGCAGCAGGAGGAGACAUUGCCAACAACCGUGUCCAUUUGGCUCACUGCAUCACCCUGCUGCUGGAGUCCCUCUUCUUCGGGGCUUUCGUCACCGUCGUGUUUUAUGAUCAGGUUGUGUCGAUCAUCACGGACAAGACGCCCCUGGAGCAGCUCCGCAAUCGGGGGUUGAAGGAGGUGAACCGGGAGGGGCCACGUUCCCUGAAACCCAAACUGGUGCUGCUGCGGGAGGUGUUCGGGCGAGGUUUCGUGCUCUGCUGGCUCUUCCCCUGGAGCUGCAGCACCCCCCCAGGCACGGGUCCCAUGUACAGCCCCCUGCCCAGCCGCUACGUCUGAGCUCCCUGCACUCGCCACGCAAGAGGAUGCUGGAAACACACUGAUGACAGCUUCAUGCCGGGAUGCGAAGCCGUGACUGAGCUUCACUGCCUCCAUGCCUGGCCACAUGAGCCCUCUGCCCACCUGGGGGUGAAUCGGUUGCUCCCAAAGCCAGGGCAUCUACCCAGCAGCACCAAGCCAGUGCAGCAGUGAGCUCCUGGGGCUCUCCAGCAGAGUGGGUGCCUGGCCCCGCUGUCCCUGGGGUGCAGCGGGGCAGGAUUCUCCACCCCAGGAUGUCUCGGAGCAGGCUGGCAGCAUAGCUGGGCCCCGUGUGCCUGCAGCUCUGGCUGCCAUUUCGAGAGAUGGGUACAGACCUCUGGCCACCCUGGGGGGCUGCGCACGGCCGGGAGGAGGCACCCAAUGAAGUCCCGUUCUGAGCGA